CUACCUAGCAAAUAUUCUUUCCCAACCGUCACCAUGAGCGAAUGCUGUUUGAAGGGGUUUAAGUGGGACGGCGAGCCGCAGGGCAAAGAGGUUGAGGUGAGCGGCCAGACAUGCUAUGUCACUGGUUCCAACCCGGAUGUAGGCAUCAUCGUGAUUCACGAUCUGUAUGGCUGGACCUUUGGCAACACAAGGUUGCUCGCCGACAGCUAUGCCGCAGAGGUUGGGGUGACCGUCUAUGUCCCCGACUUCUUUGGUGGUGUUGUUCUGUCCGCAGAUCUGCUCAACAACCCGGCAGAGUGGGGCAAGCUUGAUCUCCCAAACUUCAUGGAGAGGAACAACAAGGCCGUCCGCGGACCAGAGAUGGUUUCUUUCGCGAAGCACCUCCGCACUCAGCACGGCAAGCUUGGUGCCAUUGGCUAUUGCUAUGGUGGCUGGGCUGCUUUCCAGCUUGGUCUCAAGUCGGAUGCUCCGCUCGUCGACUGCAUCGCUGCGGCUCACCCAACUUUCCUGACGAAGGAGGAGAUUUCCAAUGUUGGCGUACCAGUGCAGAUCAUGGCCCCCGAAAUUGAUCCUCAGUUCACCGAAGAGCUCAAGACUUACGCUGUGACUGAGAUCCCCAAGUUGGGUGUGCCAUUUGACUAUCAGUAUUUCCCUGGCCUGAGCCACGGUUUCUCCAUCAGGGGUAACCGAGAAAACCCUGCUGAGGUGAAGGGUCUCGAGAGGGCGCAGAGAGUGGCGGUGACGUGGUUCAAGGAGUGGCUUGUGUAG